AUGAAUGAUGAUGAUGAUGAUGAUGAUGAUGAUGAUGAUGAUGAUGAUGAUGAUGAUGAUGAUGAUGAUGAUGAUGAUGAUGAUGAUGAUGAUGAUGAUGAUGAUGAUGAUGAUGAUGAUGAUGAUGAUGAUGAUGAUGAUGAUGAUGAUGAUGAUGAUGAUGAAGAUUUUGAUUGGGAUGGUGAUGAUGUUUUGAAUGAUUAUGAUUAUUCGGAUGAUGAUGAUUUUGAUUUUGAUGAUGAUGAUGAUGAUGAUGAUGAUGAUUGA